AUGCGCUUGCCAUCUCCGUCGCUCGAUUGCCGCUUCCCUGCUGGCGGCGCUCUCGUUUCGUGCGCCCUCGUGUUUCGUGCGCCCUCGUGUUUCGUGCGCCCUCGUGUUUCGUGCGCCCUCGUGUUUCGUGCGCCCUCGUGUGCGCGACCGUUGUAUUCUCCCGUCCCACCCUCCGCCCACCUCAAUUCCCAUCUGUCCCCUCUUCAUCCCCACCGUGCCGCCCAUCAUCGCGCCGCGCCAGACGCGCAAGUGCCAGCCACGACGGAGGUCGAGGAGCGCCCGACGGAGGCCGUCGAGUCGACGGCGACGGAGGGCGCGCGGCCGCUGCGCAAGUUCAAGCUGCGCGAGGUGCGCGAGAUGUGCGACGGGUUCUCGUCCAAGUGCCCCGUGCUGGGCGAGGGCUCCUUCGGCACCGUCUACCGCGGCUCGGCGGACCUCGACGGGCGCGCCGUCGACGUGGCGGUGAAGCGGCUCAGCGCGGAGAGCCAGCAGGGCGUCGACGAGUGGCUGGUGCGUCGCGCCGCUUGGGGUGUGACUUUUAAGACGAGUGGGGGUUGCGUGCGGCUUGAGGGUGCGCGCCCGCCUGAGGGAUGCGCACUCGCGGAGGUGCUGAUUCUGGACCGGCUGCGCCAUGCGAAUCUGGUGGAGCUGCUGGGGUACUGCAAGGAGAAGGGCGAGUGCCUGCUCGUCUACCACUACUACGCCAACGACAGCGUUGAAACAGCCCUCUUCAAUCGCAAGCGCGCGGGGCAGGAGCCGUUCUCGUGGGAGCGGCGGGUGAGCGUGGCGUGGCAGGCGGCAGAGGCGCUGGCGUAUCUGCACGCCAACGACGUGAUUCACCGCGACUUCAAGCCCUCCAACGUGCUGCUCGAUGCGGACUGGACGGCGAAGCUGAGCGACUUUGGGAUGUGCAAAGAGCAGGAGGCGGGCAAGUCACACGUGUCCACGCGCGUCAUGGGCACUCUGGGGUACCUCGACCCUGACUACAUGGAAACAGGGCUGCUGCGGCAGAGCUCGGACGUGUAUGCCUUCGGGGUGUUCCUGCUGGAGCUGAUCACGGGCAAGCGCGCGGUGUCCGACACGGGGCAGCCGCUCACCAGCUGGGUGUUCCCCUUGCUGGACCAGAAGAAGCCCGAGAUCGACCUGCUGAUCGACUCGGCGCUGGAGAGCAGCUUUGACCGCGAUAGCGCGCUCAAGAUCGCCGUCAUCGCCAAGUUCUGCAUCGGCGACGAGGAGCUGCGCCCCGAGAUGACCGCCGUCGCUGAGAGGCUCAAGAAGCUUGUUGUCUCGUGA